AUGAUGAUGGACCAAGCAGCAGCUUCUGUAGCAGCUGGCCUAAUUCAUCAUGAGAAAACCGAGGCCUGUGGGUUGAGGGCAGGUGUUGAGGCUGAUCUCGGCCUUGUCACUGCCAAGGGGGACAAGACUUCCUUUCACGGGUCGGAUCGGAGCGGCUCCAUCCAUGACCAUGACGACCUUGUCCAUGCUGUGACUAGUUUUGGUGUCCACAGGAAGAAAAGAAUGACCAGACAGAGGCGAUCAUCCAUCAUCAACCUUCAUCAUCUCACUUUUGCUUCCUCCACCACCACCACCUCGCACGUGCUGCCCUCCCUCCAAUCCCCCUCCACUCUCCCGCCUGCACGUGUUAUUGAUCCAACAAGGUUGAGAUUUCUUUUCCAAAAGGAGCUUAAGAAUAGUGAUGUGAGCUCUCUCAGAAGAAUGAUACUCCCCAAGAAAGCAGCUGAGGCUCAUCUCCCUGCCCUCGAAUCAAAGGAAGGAAUUCCAAUCAGCAUGGAUGACAUAGAUGGUCUGCAUGUUUGGAGCUUCAAGUACAGGUUUUGGCCUAAUAACAACAGCAGAAUGUAUGUACUUGAAAAUACUGGGGAAUUUGUUAACGCACAUGGCUUACAGUUUGGAGAUUUUAUCAUGGUUUACCAAGAUAAUCAAAACCAGAAUUACGUCAUUCAGGCUAAGAAGGCUUCUGACCAAGAUCAUGUGUAUGGUGACAUAAGCACUAUGAACAAUGGCGUGAACGAUCUCUUCCUUGACGAAUCUGAGGCGAACAAGUCGAGUUCGUUUUACAUGCCCACAAUGGCAAUGGAUGAAGAUACAACUGCAGGCAUGUCAUUUGUGUAUGACACCACCACCUUCUCAAAUGACUCUCUGCUUGAUUUUUUUGGGGGAUCGAUGACCAACUAUUCCAGAAAUGGGCCUCUGCAUGAAAGUUUUGGUUCUGUUGAAAACUUGUCCCUUGAUGACUACUAUUAA